AUGAAAGCUUUGAGAGCCCUAAGAACACUCACUUCCACUCUUUCUUCAAAACCCGAAAAGGCCCAUCUCAAUCCAAUCCUCUUCUAUCGAUUCUACACUGCCCAGCCUCAAGAACAAGACACCUACCACCAUACACUCACCUCUGAAGAUGAAAGUAGUGCUGACUCAGUCUUUGACGGUGCUCAUUACACGUUACCUGAGAAAUUGAGUUUCGAUUCUGAGGCUGAAAGUACUAUACAACCCACGUGGGAUGUGAAUUUUAGGGAAAAAGCUAACAGAAGAAUUUUUGGAGAAAGGACCCAGCUGGGGGAAGAAACAGGAAAAGCGUUUGAGAGUUGUGGAGAGAGAAGAGGAGAAGAGAAGAAGGGAUCGGUGCUUGCGAAGGCUUUGCUCAAGGCAGCAUUGGAGCAGCCAGAUGAGGAUGAGGGAGUAGGGGAGAGCCUGGUGGUGACGGAGGAGGACCAGAAGUCGUUGUCAGUUGGGAUUAUUGGUGCUCCUAAUGCUGGAAAGUCUGCUCUGACCAAUUACAUGGUUGGAGUAGAUCAAGACACUUCAGAGAGUGUAGCAGGAAAAUGGCUGUUACAGUUUGAUGAUGGGUUUUUGGUUGGAGGUCUGGACUACCAAAUACUUAUUUUGUUUCCUUGCCUAUAUGAGAAAAACCAAAUCUGGAAGGCAGUGCUAUCAGCAAAUGCGGUGGUGAUAAAUGAAAUGAGUGAUGGAGAACUCAGUGAGAUUCCUGAGGCUUCUUUAGGAGUGGAGUUGCGCCACUCUAAUUUUACCCAUUGCUUUGGUAUGUUUUGGGUUAUUCUCGCGUUUUCGGUGAUCUUGUUGGAGGGGAAAAAACAGGAGGAUAUUUGUGUGGUGGACCUUACUCUAGAUGCAGUGGAGGAUUUCAUAGGGCGUUUGUGCUUGCUCUAUAAAGUUGGAAUUGAGCUGGGGUUUGACUGCAUGGGUAAUACAGAGUGGAAUGCUAGUGAUGGGCUAUCUCUUUUUGGAUAUGGCAUACAUGCUGUAGGAUUCCUUCUGAGGGCUGUUUGA